GAGAGAAGGCGGCAUGGCGGACGAGCGCACGGAGGAGGAGCAGCAGGAGCGAAGGCCCUCGGCCACCGGAGAAUACCGGAUCGGGCAGGUGGCGGGCAGCCUGCCGGGGGCCUCCGGGAGCCGGGGCAGCGCCGGGGCCUUCGCCUUGGCCUCCCUCUUCGCCCCCACGCUGCUCCAGACCCAAGCCCUUUACCGGCCCGCGCCCGCGGAGGCCACGAGGAGACGGAAAAGGAAAGAGGAAGAAGAGUCCGAAACCCCGACGGGCUCCGCCGGGGAGCCGAGACCCCCUGGGAAAAGAGCGAAGAAGAAGCGGCGGCAGCAGCCUUCCCUUGCAGAUCAGAAGUUGGCAGACCGGGAGAGUGCCCUGACCUGUGCUGACGAAGAGGAGGAAGAAAGAGAAACCCAGGCUACGGAGAAGCGGAAAGGGGAAGCCAGGGGUCCGGGCGGCAAAGCCCCCGCGCGUUCUGCCGGGGCGAAGCCGAGGAAGCCGCACGAAGGCAGCCCGGAAGCGGAGCGGUUAAAGAACGAGCGGACGGUGUUCGUGGGGAACUUACCCGUCACCUGUAAUAAGAAGAAACUCAAGUCGAUUUUUAAGGAGUACGGACCCAUAGAAUCCGUUCGCUUCCGCUCCGUGAUUCCGGCAGAGGGCAUUUCCACCAAAAAGCUAGCGGCGAUCAAACGGAAGUUUCACCCCGAACAGAAGAAUAUCAACGCUUAUGUUGUUUUUAAGAAAGAAAGUUCUGCCGCAAAAGCUCUGAAAAGAAACGGCACACAGAUUUCAGAUGGCUUCCGCAUCAGAGUCGACCUUGCGUCUGAGACCUCUUCGAGGGACAAGAGAUCCGUCUUUGUGGGGAAUCUCGCCUACAAAAUCGAAGAAGCUUCGGUCCAAGAACACUUCUCCGACUGCGGCCAGGUAGUAGCAGUGCGGAUCGUGCGAGACGGAGUCACCGGCGCGGGCAAGGGGUUCGGCUACGUGUUGUUUGCGAAUACAGACGCUGUGCAGCUUGCCCUGAAACUAAACAAUUCUGAAUUGAUGGGCCGAAAACUCAGAGUCAUGCGUUCGGUCAGUAAAGAGAAAACGAGAGCAAGUCCAAACCCAAACCGGAAGGCCUUCGCCGCGUCAAAGCAGAGAUUUAGUUCUCUGAAAGAAACGGGACAUUCGGAGCACGCGUUUUCUGGGGAAAAAGCAAUUCCUGGGAAGAAGAAGAAGAAAAAGAAGGGCCAAAAAACGGCAAACAGAAAGCAAGCGGAAAAACACAAAUAAGGAUGACUGAUUUGGGGCUGGAUGCUUCAAUAAAGCUGGUUUGUCGUCCGACUCCCGUA